AUGGACAACCUCCCAGCUUCAAUUCCGAACACUGCCGCGCUGCUCGGCUCAGCCCUGGCGGUGUGCUUUCUCCUCGCCAACGCCAAGAGCCUUCCACUUGCUCAUAGCUUCCGCUUGCUGCCGUCGUUCUACGGCUUGUUGCUAAAGCCCCGCCUAUUUCCGGUGGCAAAGAAGACAGGAGUUUUGCCCUCCGAGCCGAGCACUGCAGCAGCAGCGCGGCCAGCCCUCUUCAAGCACCAUGUCACCAGCUCCCGGGCGGUGCUGCUGGACCUCGACAUCAACAUGCACAAAUCAAACAGCACCUUCUUUGCCGAUGCCGAUAUCAACCGAGCCGAGCUACUCACGAGGCUCUUGGGGCCGGGGCUCGCAGCCACAGGGCCACCCGCCGCGAUUCCCCUCCUAGCGGCGGUCCAGUGUAACUUCAAGCGCGAGAUCAGCCCGUUCCAGGCCUACCACCUCUCGUCGCGCAUCCUCGCCUGGGACGACAAGUCCUUGUUCACCGUCACCUACUUCUUGAAGCCCGGCGCCAAGCUCCCUGCCGACGUGGAAGUGGCCGGCGGACCAGGGGCUGUCCUAGGGGAUCCGAGCCUGAAGAGAUCCGUGUAUGCCGUCAUGGUAACGCGCUAUGUCUGCAAGGCAGGACGGGUGACGGUCGAGCCCGCUGCUGUUCUGGAAGCAGCCGGUUUGCUUGUUGCCGGGGCCACAGCGCAAGGAGCGGAAAAGGAGAAGCACGAGGCAGGGCUGGUCGCAGCUGGUGAUGUAGAAAUAGCUGUGAAGCAUGGUAUACAGUACGUGGGUGACUGUAUGGUAUGA